AAUAAUAAAGAUAAUAAUAAUAAUAGUGAUAAUUAUAAAUUGGGAGUUGUAAAAAGAAUCAGAACAUUAAAAGGUAAUUAAAGUAAAAGCCAGACUAAAAAGGUAGGUUUUAAGUUUGUUUUUAAAGCUGAAUUAAAUGUUUAAACGCUGAUCUGUGCUCCCUCCAUCAGCUCUAUAAGCUGUUGAUAAUUCUGUAUUUACUGAUAUUAAUAAUUGUGUUUUUUUAUUAAAGUUUGCUGAUUUUCCCAUCUCUCCUGGACAUGAAGUUAAACUUUCAUCUUCCUGCUGUUCUUGUUUUAUUUUUAUUUCCUCUAAACUUGUGAAAUAAAGAAACUUUUCCUCCACUUCUGUCUGAACUUCUCUCUUCUUCUUCUCCUGAUGAUCGCAGACCGACACCACCGAAGAAGAAGAAGAAGAAGAAGAGAAUCUGGAGCAUUACGUCAUCCAUCAGACCCCCCCCCCCGCCCCCCUUCCCUCCUCUCUCUGCAGCAUCCGGCCUCUGAUUGGUCCGUCUGCCGGCGGCCUGUGAGCCCCAUUGGCUGCUGCAGAGUCAGCUGCAGACCUGAUGGAGGACAGGAGGGAGGGACGCUCCGGAUAAAAGCAGCGGGACUCGGUCCGCCUCCAUCCGGAUCAACGAAGCCUCCGACCGGAGAAGCUGCAGGCUCUGACCCGUCCUGGUCCCGGUCCUGGUCCCGGUCCAGCUGGUUCUCUGCCCCGGUCUCUGUGCGGGACUCUGCCCGGCUCGGAGCGCCUGUUGGCGGCCUGCGGAGCCGCUGCGGCUCGGAGCGACGGAGCUGCAGGCGGAGGACAAGUGUUUGUGUAGAUGCGCUUACUGUUGACCUUCUGGAGGAAGCUGCCUCGGCCCGGUGCAUCAUGGGAUCUGCGGUCCUGCCCGUGCUCCUCCUCCUCCUCGUCUCCAUGGUGACGGUGUGUCCUGCAGGUGGUGCUGUGCUGUGUCCUCUGCAGUGUGUGUGUGAGACGCGACCCUGGUACACUCCUCAGUCAGUAUAUCACCAGGCCAGGACGGUCGACUGCAACGAGCUGCACCUACAGAGAGUCCCGGCCAACAUCUCCGCUGACACGCAGCUGCUGUUGCUGCAGAGCAACAACAUCUCCUCUAUCACUACUGAGCUGCAGAGUCUGACCAACCUGACAGAGCUGGACCUGUCUCAGAACCACUUCACUCAGGUGAGCUCUAUGGGUCUGUCCUCUCUGGGCCGCCUGGUCACUCUGUACCUGGAGGAGAACCACAUCGAGGAGCUGGAGGACUUCAGCCUGAAGAACCUGUCCAGUCUGGAGGAGCUCUACAUCAACCACAACCACAUCUCCUUCAUCGGACCCAAAGCCUUCGCUGGUCUCACCAACCUGCUGAGGCUCCACCUCAACUCCAACCGUCUGGUGGCCAUCGACAGUCGCUGGUUCAAGUCCCUGCCGUCCCUGGAGAUCCUGAUGAUCGGCGAGAACCCCAUCCUGGGUCUGGAGGAGAAGAACUUCUUGCCUCUAUCCCGGCUCCACAGCUUGGUCCUGGCUGGGAUGGGUCUGGCCUCCGUCCCGUCCGCCGCCUUCCUGGGCCUCGACUACCUGGAGAGCCUCUCAUUCUAUGACAACCGGCUCAGGUCUGUUCCUCGGGACGCUCUGAGCAUUCUCCCAAACCUCAAGUUCCUGGACCUGAACAGGAACCCGAUCAGCCGAGUCCAGCAGGGAGAUUUCCAGAACCUUCAGCACCUGGAGGAGCUCAGUCUGAACAACAUGGAGGAGCUGCUGAUGGUGGAGCGAGCAGCUUUCCAGAACCUUCCAGAAAUUGCCAAACUGGAGCUUUGCAACAACCCAAAGCUGUCGUACAUCGACCCGCAGGCCUUCAGCGACCUGUCAUCCCUCCGGACCCUCCUCCUCCACAGUAACCAGCUGAGCCUGCUGUCCGGGGACGUCCUGUCCUCGCUGUCCUCCCUGGAGGAGCUGUCUCUGCACUCCAACCCGUUGCGCUGUGACUGCCUGUCCUCCUGGGGGCCUCACCUGGGCAACCAGUCUCACCUGAAGCUGCUCGAGGCCCCCGUCACCUUCUGCUCCUCCCCGCCGCACCUGAUUGGCCGAGAGCUGCAGGAGGUGGUGGCGGUCGGCUGGGGAGGGGGCGGGACCAAUAGCUGCCUGCCCCACAUCUCCCCCCACGCCUUCCCCCCCACCAUGAACGUCAGCGCCGGGCAGCCAAUCACGUUAGAGUGCUGGGCGGAUGCUGACCCCGUCCCCCAGUUCUAUUGGGUGACACCGAAUGGAGACAAGGUGAGCUCAGAGGCGAUGGCUGCUCCAAUCAUCUCGGAGGAGGGGCGUGGCCUGAGCUGGAGGAAGAGGAAGCACCGAGUGUCUGAACCCGGAGCUCUGGUCAUCGAACACGCCGAGCCGUCGGACGCAGGUGUGUACACCUGCGUAGCCUGGAACGCCGAGGGAGCCGACACCAAGAGCGUCUCCGUGUCCGUGGACUCUGAGGGGGGCUGGAGGGGCGACGAGCCCAGCAGAGAGCAGCCGUGGACGGGCAACGCGUCCAGCGCUGCAGCCUCCCUGGUGGUUCUGGCCAAGGUGGUUCACGCCCAGUCGGUGGUUCUGGAGUGGAAGUUGUAUCCCAGCAGAGAAGCCUCGUCUGUGGGUCAGACCCAGCAGGACGUCCCCGUCCCUCCGCCCCACUGGACCAGCGCCACGGUCCACAUCGACAACCCGACCAUCAGCUACACGGCAAAGGUUCCUGUCGAUGUUCAGGAGUACAACGUGACUCACCUGCUUCCUGCCACCCAAUACCACGUCUGCCUGACCAUCUCCUCUGCCCCCGCCUCCUCCUUUAGCUCCUCCCCUUCCCCCGUCCCCUCCUCCUCUUCCUCGCCCCUCCCCCCGGCGCCGGUCCACACUUCCUGUCUGAACGUCACCACCAAGGACUCGGGCUUCUCGGUGGAGCUGGUGGCGUCGCGGCGCAGCAGCGUGGCGCUGGCGGCCGUCAUGGGCUCCAUGUUCGCCCUGUCCAUCAUGGCGCUGCUGGUGGUCUACAUGGGGCGCCGCGUCCAGCAGCACAAGUCCUGCGGACACUCACUGAAGAAGUACAUGCAGCACGCCACGUCCAUCCCUCUGAACGAGCUGUACCCGCCGCUCAUCACGCUGUGGGAGAGCGAGGCCGAGAAGGACAAGGACAACCAGGAGGAGGAGCAGGAGGGCGGCGGCAGAGGGCCGGAGCCUGGGGGCGGCCAGAUCGACACCACCAAGACCUACAUGUGGUAGCCGAGGGGGGCGGAGCCACAGGACGGACCAAUGAGCUGCUUCCUUCAUGUUUCAGCCCGUUAACAACAAACACAGUUUCAGUUACUGAUCUGACUGAUCUCUAGCAUUCAAACUCUGCCGCUGCCUUCAACUCAUCAGUCCUUUGUUCUUUAUAAAUUUACCGUAAAUAAUUUAAUUUAUUUAACUUUAAUUCCAAACACAUAAAACUCCCUGAAACACAAAGCAAAUGAUAAACUAACAAGAAAAUGAAGAAAAAGUCUAUUUUUUAAAUUGAACAAAAUCUGUCUGAGAUGUUUUCAGGAAAAUUAUCACUUUAUGUAAAUUAAUUUUUCUACAGAAAGUGAGUUUGUCCAUUUUGUUUGUAAAUAUGUACAAAAAUAGAGACUGAAAUUUCAACACAGCUCUUAUAGAAGAGAUUCUUAAUCUCAAUAAGACUUCCUCCAUUAAUGAACACCUCAUGUAUGUAUAUAUGUAUACAUACAGGUAUAUAUAUGUGAUGAACACCUCAUAUAUGUAUGUAUACAUAUAUAUAUAUAUAUAUAUAUAUAUAUAUAUAGAUAUAUAUAUAUAUAGAGAGAGAGAGAGAGAGAGAGAGUGUUCACCACUCUACCGUUUAAAAGUUUAGGGUCACUUCAAUGUCCUUAUUUUUGAAAGAAAAGCAGUUUUUAAUCAAUGGCAAAUGUAAACAAAAACCAUCUUACAGCGCCAUGUGAUGACAUAUUCAUCCACUCUGCUUACCAACUAGUUCCACGUAACCAGUUCUGACGUAACGAUGAAACGGUGUAGGUUGUAAACUGAAGCACUAUUUUCCGACACGAUACACUCUUCAGGUAUGGUAGACCAGCUGUAAUUCCAGGUUAUCCCACCAGGUGGAGCCUCUUCCUGUUUACUACUGUAGAGAGCAGAGGAGGUGUCAGCUAGCAACGGGCACCAUGACAAAGACUUCUGAGGACGUUAAUGACCUCCAACCAGAGCUGAUGUGAAAACGUUCUUCCAACACCACCUCUUAGUCGUGGGAACUUCAGGAGAAACCAGCUGGACUUCUCUGGAAGAUGUUUCUAGAAGUGUCUUCUAGAGAAGUCCAGUUGCUUUCUCCUGAAGCUCCUACGAUCUCCAGGACCUGAAUGAGUUCAGCAGCAAAGGGCGCCAUGACAAAGACUAAUGUGGACGUUAAUGACCUCCAACCAUGUCAUUUACACCACCGUUCCAAAGUUUGGAGUCACUUAGGAAUGUCUUUUUUUUAAGAAAAGCAGCUUUUUUCAGUGAAGAUAACUUUAAAUGAAUGAUAAAUCCAGUGUAGACAUUGUUAAUGUGGUAACUGACUAUAGCUCUAGCUGGAAACAGCAGAUUUUUAAUGGAAUAUCUCCAUAGGGGUACAGAGGAACAUUUCCAGCAACCAUCACUCCUGUGUUCUUUGGCCUGUGAGAGUUUCCCAAAGACUGUUAGAACCAGGAAUCAGAGGCUACCGAGAGCUUGAUAAAAGACCCUGUACCCCUCUCUCUUCACUCCAAGGUCCUUAAAUUACUUCAAGAAACUAUAAAACCUUCUGGAGUCCCAAAUAGCCACAUGGUGGAUGUUUAUUCGAGCUCCUUGGUGAUGUCUGGAACCUCCUUUGUAUCCUUCAGAUCAUGAUUGAAGAACUUUGGAGACUUUCAGAUACACCUCAAAAAAUAUUGUUUCCUUCUCAAAUAUUCCCAAACCUACAAAAUCAUUUGAAGGACAUCUGGAACCUUCUCAAGACCCUGAAAAUUCCCCCAAACAUAGAAUUGUCUGGAUGACUCCAAACUUUUGAACAGUGGUGUACGUAUAAAUAUAGAAACUGAAAUGUCAAAAAGCUCCUAAAGAAGAGAUUCUUAAUCUCAGUAAGACUUUCCUCCAUUAAGGAACACCUCCACAUGUAUAAAUCUCUACAAAUAUAAACCAACUUUAGCGUCAUUGUCGUGUUUUAACCUCAAAUUUACGUCUAAAUUAGCAAAAAUAUCUGUUUCAUUGCAGGUUUCUGGAAGGAUGUUGUGUUUAUUAGAAGAAAUAUAUUGAAAGAAAAUAAAUCCCAUCAUCCAUUCUCUUUAUCUGCUUCAUACUUUUAUUAAACCAAACACUGAAUGUUUUAAGUGGUUCCUCUUCUGGAUGGAAACAGCUGCUGCUCUCACAUUUAGUUUUUAUUUUGGGCUGAAACAUGAAAAAGCAGCUUUCAGUUUCUGUUCUGAGGAGCUUCUUCUGUCCAAACAGACAAACAGACGGAUGGAAAUGUUGUCGAUCGGCUGCUUCAGACGAUUCUUCCUUCAGAUGUUUCCACCUCCGUCAAUGGGACUGUUAAUAAACCAUGUUAUUGUAAUUUAGUUCAUGUUUGAACACGAUCGCAGCACUGACACUGAGCACAGAACCAGGAGGAUUUACUGUCAGGAGGUCCAAGGUCCUGAAGUCACCAGAACCCCUCAGAGGUCCGACGUUUAACGGAAACGAAGCUGAAACAUCAGCAGCAGAUUAACGAAACCCAUCAAACUCACGUCAACCGUGAGCUCAGAUCAGCAUAGCUCUCAUGUCACUUAAUAGACGUGGUUCUUUCUGGAUAUUUCUGUUCUGAGUUUUAGUUUCUGAAUUUUCUGAGUGAUUUCUCCUCUUCUGGAAAUUCCACUUUAUUGUUUUAAACUGUCGAAGCUCAGAGUCUGCAGGAGGAGCUCUGGAUGGAUGGACGGCGUAGACAAAAACACUUAGUUUAAUCUAAAUCAAUCUCACUGGCUGCGUUUCCUUCAAUGUAGUUUUAUUUUGAAGUUUGGCAUUUGAUAAAGGAAUCAGCUAAAUUUGAAAAAACGUCCUCAGAUUCUCUCACUUUGUUGUAGUUUUUGAGUUUUUUUUCUAAAAAGUAUGAGCUUCACCUUUUCUGAUUAACAAACAUUUUCUUCUUCUUUGACUUUUUUUUUUAGCAUUUAACAAACAGCUGGUUUUGUUGAUGUCCUGUGAUGCGUAGCAUAGCGCCACCUUCAGAUGAAACCGUUAGCGCGGCACACGGUUCACUUUUACUUUUCAGGUCUGUUUUUCAAAAGUUUGCUUCAAAUUUGCAAACGUUGUUGCAAGAUUGUUCAGUUUUCCUGACAUAAAACAUAUUUUAAUUAACAUUUUUUAAUUUUUAUUAGAAUCUGAGUGCAGUAUAUCAAAGCUAAGCCCCGCCCCUUCUUGUAAAGCAUUUCUUUUGUCAUAAAUAUAUUUAAAUAGGUGUUUAACAGGUGACGUGAGUUUUAACCUGAAAAUUCCCAAAGAUAUGAGACAAAUCUACAUAUGUUUUUGACAAACGGGUGUGUAUGUCUGAAAAGUGGAGUUCCAAAAUGAAAAAUAUUCCCAUAUUUUAAAACAGUAUUAUUUUAGUUUUACUUGAAGAACCAUAGAAUCAAAUUGUCAAUCUGUGCUCAAAGAUUGGACUUGAAUUAAUUUCUUAUUUCAGCAUGGUGGCAGCAUCAUCAUGGUGUGAAGUUGAAGAUUUUAACAGAAACAAACCAUUAGAUUUCAAACAGGAAGUCCCGAAUAUAAAUAAAAUGUCGAUAAAACAGAAACAAAGCCUGAUUUGCUGCCAUCUAACUGCAGCUUCCAGUGUUUCCUGACAAACCUUUGCAGAUGUUCUGAUGACUUCUGGACCUUCAACCUCUUCAGGCUUCACUGCUUCCCUCCUGGAUUUUAUUAUUCAACACUGAGAAACUUUACUGACACUCUGCACAAACACUAACGGACUGUUUUCUAUGGGUGCUGCUGCUGCAUGUCUUUGCACUUCAUGUUUAGGACUGUUGGAAUCAGACGACCUGCAAACUGCUGCAGCCCAAACCUGAUCAUACAAACUCUCAUUUAACCCGAGAAAAAUAGCACAGAAAGAUCCCAGAGCUGUGCAGAAAUCAGACAAAAUCAACUGAAAAAGUAAAAACCAGAAGUACGGCUUCAUUUUUAUUUAACGUUUUUCAUCAACAAAUGAAAACUAAACAUUAAAGAUGGAGGACGGAACUUUUAGCACAUUUAUUUUAGAGUUUAAAGAGUUUUUCCUUCUUGUUGUAAAAGAAAAUACGUUUUUGUAACUGUACAGAAUGUCCUGUCUCAAUAUAUUUUUAAUUUCUCAUAAUUUCUGAAACACAAAAUCAUAAUACAGAAAAUAGCAAAGUCGUAAUUAAUCAUUCAGAAUCAAAAAUUCAAAUUUUUAUAUCGGAAAUCGGAAAUAUUCAAGCUAUUAUCAAACUUAGUAACAAAAAUUUGCCUUAAACAUGUAAAAUAAUUGAUGAUUUCUGCUUUGAAAUGUAGAGAAAUUCUCAUUUUAAGACAUUUUUGUGGUGAAAAUGUGGUAAAAAAUUUAAUUCUGAAUAUUCUAGUUGCUCAAAUUUAUUGAGUUAAAAUAAAAAUCCCACCCCCAUCCACCCAAAAAAACGGUUUAAAAUUCCAAGACAUUAAAUCUGGAUUUAUUUUGGUAACUGAGUCUGAGCUGGUUGAUUUUCUAAAACUGUCAUUUUUGAUUCUAAAUGUUUUUUUCAUCAUAUUUUUGAUUAAAUGCAUCAAAAAUAUGGUAAAUUAUGAUAAAACCCAUCAAACAUACUGAACCAGCAUCCUGAGACGACUCCGUCCGGUUUCAGACAUUCAGAUCGGUUCUUUGUGUUUCCGUUUUUGGUUUCUUCGCUCCACAGUUUGCAGGAUUUCGUCGUUUCCGCACUUUUAGCCAAAUAUUCCCUCAAACCAUCGUCAACCAAAACUCUUCAGGAACAAACUGUUUAAAGAACUCACUGUAAAUACGUUCUGUCAACGUUUGCUGCUGGAACGUUUCUGGUUCUCUGGUUGUUUUAAACUGUUCCAGGUUUAGAGACUGAAUACGAAUUUUAAAAGAAGUCUAAAUGUGAAAACGAUGAAGCCUCAGCAGCACCUCCUGGUGGCAACAACAAGCAGAACCAGAGACCGAACAGCUGACCUCACAGUAAUAUGCAGGGUAUUUUGUAUAAAGUGUAUGGCUCUAUAUUUGAAGAACUGCUCAUGUUAUUAUUAUUAUUAUUAUUAUUAUUAUUACUCUGAACUGGACACUGAGCACUGACUGUACCUGAAGCUGUGUCAGAUUAUAUAAAACACUUUGUCACUC